GUCAAAGGUCAAAGGUCAAAGGUCCAAGGCCAAAGGUCAACAGACACAAACAAGACAGGCAGGCAGACACUGUGGAAUCUCGGCGGUUUCUGAGACUAUGUCGGCUGGAACAGACCGGGCACAGCACACAAAGACACGUUCAGCAACUCGAGCCAUAGAGGCGGCACACUUAUUCGAAUCUCAUAAAGACUACAGUGGUUAGGACGAUGGAUGGAGACGCACCAUACACAAAAGACAUGUUUGGCAGCGGCACUUCACCUUCUUCAUCUGCGCAAGGCAGCAGCGACAUGGCCAGCGGCGACGGCCUGUUCGAUUCGUCCGCGCGGCUCCCCCCGCUGCACACCCACGCGGUGGCGCCGGCAGGAUCGGCUUCUGCGGUGGGCCCGGGCUUUGAUGCGUGCGCGAGCGCCGGGUGCGCGCGGCCGCUGACGCUGCCGUCGCUCAGUGCGCUCGGGCUGGGGCCGGCGAUCGGCGCGCUGGGCGCGGCAGUGCAGCGGUGCCUGUGGGCAACGUGCUCGCAGGCGUUUGCGACGGUCGACGAGCUGGUGCGGCACGUGUACAGGCUGCACGUGGCGACGAACCGCGGCGGCGCGGCGCUGGUGUGCCGGUGGGCGGCGUGCACGGCGGGGGCCGGGACCAUGCCCGGGCCCAUGCUUGGGGCCGACGCCGGCGUCGACGCGCUUAUGGACCACGUCUGCCGCGACCACCUGCAGGCCGGGCAGGUGCGGCACCGCUGCGGGUGGGUCGGGUGCUCCGGCACGUACGUCGGCAUUGCGGCGCUGACCGAGCACGUGGCGGCGGAGCACGUGGGGUCGGGGCGCAGCAACUACACGUGCGCGUGGGGCGGGUGCGAGCGCGGCGAGCGGCCGUUUGCGCAGCGGCAGCGCGCGCUGCGGCACAUGCAGACGCACACGGGCGCCAAGCCGUUCGCGUGCGACGCGUGCGGCAAGCGCUUCAGCGAGGCGCACAUCAUGGCGCAGCACCGGCGCGUGCACACGGGCGAGCGGCCGUUCAAGUGCGCGCAGGCCGGGUGCGGCAAGGACUUCGCCGUGGCGUCGGCGCUGACCAUCCACCGCCGCACGCACACGGGCGAGCGGCCGUACCAGUGCCGCUUCCAGGGCUGCGACCGCCGCUUCGCCGAGUCGUCCAACCUCACCAAGCACAUGCGCAUCCACACGGGCGAGCGGCCGUUCCGCUGCCCGCAGCCGGCCUGCGCCAAGGCCUUCUCGCGCCCCGACCAGGUGACGCGCCACCGGCGCAUGCACGCCAGCGACGAGGAGAUCAUUUAAUUAGAUUUUAUUUCAGAUCAAACAAAGGCCUAAU